UCCCGAAAGUGCGCACCUGGAUGAAUGGCACCGCCGCCGAUCACCAAUCGACACUGUCCAGGCCUCGCUCGGCCGAAGUCAUCACCGCCAACGGCAUGAACGGGACGAUUCCGAACGGUCGACCGCAUAAUGGGAUGAACGGAGGCAUGAAUGGCGGGGUAACGAUGAAUGGGGGUGUAAAUGGUGGUCUGAAUGGAGGUAUGAAUGGGGGACUGAAUGGUGGGUUGAAUGGGGGAUUGAAUGGUAUCGUUACCCGAGGACCUGGAGGGCUCCAUGAGGACAUGGAUUUUCCACCGACCACCCGAACCCUUUCGAAGAAGAAACAAAUCGUUUGGAUGAGACCUCAUGAUAUGUGUGGCAGGCCACAGUUUCGAAUAUCUCCUCCCGGAACACCACUGACGGCAAGGGAACUUCCGGAACCGGUUGGACCUGGUGAUCCUAGUCUUCUUGCUGCUCUAGGCUGCCUAUCACAACUGCCAAGACUGCUGGAACGAGUUGUACCUCCGGAACAAACUUUCGAUACCUCGAACGGAUACUGUGGAAUGUUCAAAUUUCGCUUCUGGCAGUGGGGCAAAUGGAUUGAGAUACGGGUGGAUGAUCGGUUGCCGACUCGUGGAGAUCGCCCCGCCCACAUGCACUGCUCCCAGCCGGACGUCUUCUGGGCCGCACUGCUGGAAAAAGCUUACGCCAAAUUAUAUGGAGGAUACGCCUUUCUGAAGUUCGGAACUGUGGGACGAGCCCUUCAGGAUCUGACUGGAGCCGUCGUCCAGAGUGUCCCACCAAGUGGACCACUUUUGGGAGGAGCCGUGCCAAGAUCAACGCUACUGGUAGCGAUUAGUGGAGUGGAAAAAGAGAGCAAGCGACGUCGAUCGGGAUUGCUUCCGGAGCAUCCAUACAGUGUGACCGGCCUAGCGAGAGUUCGUGCCAAUUCGUCCGAUUCGUCACAGGCAAGCGGUCAAUCGGGCGAUACAAGUCUGAUAAGACUACGGAGUCCCUGGAUUGGAGGGGAAUGGGGUGGCGUUUGGUGCGGUGCUUGGUCCGAGCGUAGCUGGGAAUGGAAUGCGCUGAAUGAACGCGAUCGAGAGUUGCUGUCGUCAAGAUCGUCGAGCAGUUGCGAGUUUUGGAUGUCGGUUAACGAGUUCUUGUCACGAUUUGUAGUCAUCUGGUUGGCGCACAUCGGUCCCGAUGAUUGGGCGUUAGAACCGGGACUACACACGAGGACCCCCUGGAGAGCAGCUCUGGCCGUGAGGCAAUGGAGAGCGGGAUUCAACGCUGGAGGUCCUCAUAAAUUCAUAGAAACGACCGCUACCAAUCCUCAGUUCAGAAUACGGGUUCCAACGGGACAUCCUGCCAAAGCUCAUGUAGUCGUAGCAGUAGCUCAGAAAUACGAAUGCUACCGAAGUCGAAACUAUGAGGACGACGAAAUAGGAUUUACAAUUUACGAAGUUCCACCAGGAAUGCAACGGGUCACACCUCAGUACGUUAGUGAACAGAUGCCUUUGGACUUUGCCCCGCUUUCGAAUCUGAGGGAAAUAGCCACUUUCUUCGCAUUGCCGGCUGGAGAUUUUGUGGUCAUGCCUCAUUCACAACAACAUCGAGAAGGUCGGUUCCUUCUCCGGAUUUUUGCCGAUCAACACACCGACGUAUGGGAGGUCAACGAGGAAAACAUGGUGAUUCAUAACAUUGCGGCUGAAUUCUGUGACGAAAGAACUAUUGAUGCCCGAAUCCUGUACAAACUUCGAUCCCGAUACCCACCGGAAAUUGAUGCACCCCAACUGCAAGCCAUUUUGAAAGCACAUGGAGGGAACAACCGAGGGUUCCGAGGACUAGGGGGUAUCAAUUGUGGACCUUCGUUGGAGCUAUGUAGAGGCAUGUUAGCACUGCGAGACCCUGCCCUAGGAGGACGUCUAUCGAUUGAACAUGUGCCCGCUCUCAUAGGACUGAUGCGAUUCUGGAAGGCCGCUUUUCGACGAUGUGGACCAUCGUCUUCGGGGACGGCAACCAUCAGUCGAGGAAUAUGGGCCUCUAAAGUAUCGUCUUACUGUUUAAGAGGAUUGUUAUGGGCAGGUGGAGCGACUGCGAGUAACAAAGUACUGGAGGCGUUAGUCAGCCGAUUUUCCCGGAAUCGGCAAAUCACUUUGGAAGGAUACCUCAUGUCGAUGGCGAGACUGCACUUGGCUCAUGAACGCUACCACAGCUUGGAUGCGAAAGCAAAGGCCAGUCCACUAUCGUUGGAAGAAAUGAUUCUAAUGACAAUCUAUUCGUGAGUUGUCACCGUCACGAACACUCGCCGAACCACUUCAACACGAGAAAAAGCACAAACAGAGACGCGAGAAAACAACCAAAGACAGAAAAACAAUCCCUACGCACAAAAAAAAAAUCUAGUAAAUCUGGCACUCACAAGCUGGGAAACAAUGCAAUACAUUUAUUUAGUAAUAUCUUAACAGAGAGCUAACAGCUUCAGUCGAAUGCUUUUAUAUUGUUAUACCUACUCUGUAAUUACGUUCUAAUCGGUUAGUCAUACGAAAUUUUUGAAAACUUUUCCCAUUUACUUCCACCAACGACACUGUGGAUCAUUUUGAUACUUGGAGUUGGAAGCGAUGAUCAUGAAAAACUGAAAGUAUUAUUCCCUCUAGGCUUAUUUCUUUCGAGUACUAACAAAAUGUAAACUUAUACAAAUUGUAGGUUAAGGUUCGCUAUCUGAAAGAUAACACUUAUUUUUAUAGCAAGAGAUUAUAUGUAUAUCUAUAGUAAUUGUUAUUAUUGAAAUAAACGUUAUUUAAUUUCCUUAA